CCCCAUCGCUGCAGUGUCUCAACUGCCUUGGAGCAAACGAGAGAGGAUAUAGAACGCAGACGUUAAUAAGACAGAGAAAGAGGGGUGCUGAAAGAGAGAGAGAGAGAGAAAUGUGCUUGAGUGUGUGUCACCCUGUGAAUAUGAGGAAGAUUUGAAGAUGAAGCAGGAGGACUAAAGGUGGAUUGCACAGAGCCGUUCUCUCCCUGUAAGGGCUUGUCUGCAGUAUCCUUUGUAAAUGGAUGCUGGCGUGUGAAUACGGUCUUUAAUCCUGGCCAAAGUGUCAUCUCCACACAAACGACCAGGACACCCUGAUUGACAGCCAAGUCUUUUCGACACACACAGAUGUAGAAGGGACUAAUAUGGACUUGACAGGAAAGCAUCAGUGAGGAAGGCUGUCAGCUGAAGUAAACAAAAUCUCAGGGCGGGGCUCUGUGAAUGAAACCGCAGCCCUUCAGUUGCUCGGGAGAUAUCACACCAGAGAAGAAGCAGAAAAGAUUUGAACAGGAACAUCAAACAAAACAGGCCAAUAUCGAACUAAGGUGGAUGGUUGCAGAAGCCAAACAAAGUCAACGUACCACAAGAGCCAUGUGGGAGGAGAGUGAGGGGGUUUUGCUAUUCUCACGCAUCAAGCCCAAACAAUUUGUGUACUGAUAUACGUAACCUUCCCAAGCUAUUUCCCAGAGCUUUUCCUCAGGGGGAGCCCCUGCUAUGCACCCCGGCUCCAUUGGCUUCAGCAGGCAGUCCAACCCUCAGUGCCAGGCGCUGUGUGGGCAUCCCACAAGUCUGGGUUCUGCCCACGCAGGACUCAGCGACUGCCCCUGAACAAAAAGAAUGAAAUACUCCUGAGCCACUCCUCAGUGUGGUGGCUCUCCUGUCUCGUGUUAAAUUGGUCUGUUGUGAAGUUCUGUCUCCACUGGCAAGUUCCUAACUUUAGUAAAAACCCUCUCCAACUCUUCCACCAGCUCCUUUUAGGUCACCACUUCGUUAUAAUUUGCUUUCCCAUCAAGCAGCAGCACGAGUUCCUUUGCGCUCACCACGUGGUGGAGGACCAUGGGAUGCCGUCAGAGCUCGGAGGAGAAGGAAGCGGCCCGGCGCUCACGGCGAAUCGAUCGCCACUUGCGCUCAGAGAGUCAGCGGCAGCGGCGUGAGAUAAAGCUACUGUUGCUGGGAACCAGCAACUCGGGCAAGAGCACCAUUGUCAAGCAGAUGAAGAUCAUCCACAGUGGAGGCUUCAACCUGGAGGCCUGCAAGGAAUACAAGCCCCUCAUCCUGUACAAUGCCAUCGACUCGCUCACCCGCAUCAUCCGCGCGCUCACCACCCUCAAGAUCGAGUUUCACAAUGCUGAUCGCGCCUACGAUGCUGUGCAGCUCUUUGCCCUCACAGGGCCAGCCGAGAGCAAAGGGGAGAUCACCACAGAGUUGCAGGGGGUCAUGAAGCGCCUGUGGGCUGACUCAGGGGUCCAGGAGUGCUUUCAACGAUCCAAUGAGUACCACUUAGAGGACAACACUGCCUACUACCUGAAUGAUCUGGACCGCAUCUCUGCGCUUGAGUUCAUCCCAACUGUAGAGGACAUCCUACGGUCCCGCGACAUGACCACUGGCAUUGUGGAGAACAAGUUCACCUUCAAGGAGCUCACCUUCAAGAUGGUAGAUGUGGGCGGACAGCGUUCGGAGAGAAAGAAGUGGAUCCACUGCUUUGAGGGCGUGACUGCAAUCAUUUUCUGUGUCGAGCUAAGUGGCUAUGACCUCAAACUCUACGAGGACAACCAGACGAGCCGCAUGGCCGAGAGCUUGCGCCUGUUCGACUCCAUCUGCAACAACAACUGGUUCACCAACACGUCGCUCAUCCUCUUCCUCAACAAGAAGGACCUGUUGGCUGAGAAGAUCAAACGCAUUCCUCUGACAGUGUGCUUCCCUGACUACAAAGGUCAGAACACCUAUGAGGAGGCAGCUGUCUAUGUGCAACGGCAGUUUGAGGACCUCAACCGCAACAAGGAGACCAAGGAGAUUUAUUCGCACUUCACCUGUGCCACUGACACCAGCAACAUCCAGUUUGUGUUCGACGCCGUCACGGACGUGAUCAUCCAGAACAAUCUCAAGUACAUUGGGCUGUGCUAGGACCGGAUUCUGGUAGGGAGGUGGGGGCCGCAUGGCAGCAGUCGGCCCGCCACCAGGCUGGAUAAACAAAAAGGCGUGUCCGUCUGCCUGACAGUUUAUCGCUUUGAAGAGGUGUAACAGAGACCUGCAAAAGAAAGGAGGUAGUAAGAUGGUCAGGGAUGGACGAUACUGUAGAUUUAUGUGUUUCAGUUGAAACAAAAGAGCUGAUGGGCCAUGGUCGAGAUGGGAUUUUUACCCAAUGUGUUUGCACUGAUUAUGAGUAUGCAGAGACACCCAAAAAACACACACACACACACGCACACACAUACACACACACACACACACACACACACACUCACACACACACACACACACACACACACACACACACACAUCUUUAUGUUUGCUCACACAAAAGAUCUUUUGAUCAACAAUCAAGCACUUGAUUGACAAGGCAACACUGGAAAUUUUAGUCAGCUGCCCCUGCCUGCCAAAACCCGAGGUAGUAGGUAUGUACUGGUGGUUUUCAGUUACUUUUGUCUCCUUCAUUUUAUUUGCGACAGUCAAUUAAUGCUGCUUUAUAAGAAGAUUUUUUGACAGAAUCAAUGUUCUCUAUUGGGUUUUCACCCUAACAAUAACCAGUGAGUGCACCUGAUGAGACGUGGGGAGAGCCUGUAUAUCUGAGGGGGGAAACAAAUGUCAGUAGACAUGAUGUCACAGGGUUUCUGCCUAAAAGAGGAAACUGCCACAGUGUAAAUCUGAAGUGAAAUACAUUUUCUAUACACUAUUUCUGUUUUCCCCUCUUGGUCAACUCUCUAAUGUUGUUCUUUCCUCUCUAUCUUUUAUCGUUCAUUUUGUGGUUUUAAAAAAGAAUAUGUCUCUCAAACCUGCCUUUUAUAGCAGGUCACUGAACUAAAAUACCAAGAGGGUGUUAUGCUCGGUAGUCAAAAGUAUUCUUUAUGAUCAUUCCAGUUUUCAGCAAAGAGACAACAAAAACAGUGCCAAGAUCAAUUUGUAAAUAAAACCAGAUCCCAUUGAUUAUGUUCAUUUUUGUUUAUUUUUUAUGGACAAAUACAUUAAAACUUGCAUGAUUUUGUUACUUUGGGAUACUAAUAUAUUUUCUU